CCUCCAGCCCUAGAGUGAUACAUUGUAGCAGCCAGUGAGGCAAGCAGUACUGGGCUGUGUGCAGCAUUAGGAGAGGAUCGCAUGCUCUGCCUGGAUUUUCAUAGACUCGCAGCUUUGUGGACAGCAACAUGGCAGUCGCAGUGGGAAGACAGUCUUCACCCAGUGAUGACCUCCGUUCACUCGCCCUAUCUGGUCAUGUGGGAUUUGACAGCCUUCCUGAUCAACUGGUAAACAAAUCCACCUCCCAAGGCUUCUGUUUCAAUAUACUGUGUGUUGGUGAAACAGGCAUCGGAAAAUCAACACUAAUGGACACGAUAUUCAACACAAAAUUUGAAAGUGAACCAGUGUCUCACAGCGAGCCAGGUGUCCGGUUAAAAGCUAGAAGUUACGAGCUUCAGGAGAGCAAUGUGCGCCUCAAGUUAACCAUAGUCGACACUGUGGGCUUUGGUGAUCAGAUCAAUAAAGAUGACAGCUACAGGCCCAUAGUCGAAUAUAUCGAUGCCCAGUUUGAAGCCUAUCUGCAGGAAGAGCUCAAGAUCAAGAGGUCGCUGUUCAAUUAUCAUGAUACAAGGAUUCACGCCUGCCUUUAUUUCAUAGCACCCACUGGGCACUCAUUGAAAUCUCUCGACCUGGUCACCAUGAAGAAGCUUGACAGUAAGGUGAACAUCAUUCCAAUCAUUGCCAAAGCAGACACCAUCGCCAAAAACGAACUGCACAAAUUCAAAAGUAAGAUCAUGAGCGAACUUGUCAGCAAUGGGGUGCAGAUCUACCAAUUUCCAACAGAUGAGGAGACAGUUGCAGAGAUAAAUGCUACAAUGAGUGUACAUCUUCCAUUUGCAGUUGUCGGCAGUACUGAAGAAGUUAAAAUUGGAAAUAAAAUGGCUAAAGCCAGGCAGUAUCCCUGGGGAAUAGUGCAGGUUGAAAAUGAAAACCAUUGUGAUUUUGUGAAGCUCCGUGAAAUGCUGAUCAGGGUGAACAUGGAAGAUCUGAGGGAGCAGACCCACGCCCGUCACUACGAACUUUACAGACGAUGCAAACUGGAAGAAAUGGGGUUCAAAGACACUGAUCCUGACAGUAAACCAUUCAGCCUUCAGGAAACAUAUGAGGCAAAGAGGAAUGAAUUCCUUGGUGAACUACAGAAAAAGGAGGAAGAAAUGAGACAAAUGUUUGUGAUGAGGGUAAAAGAAAAAGAAGCUGAGCUCAAGGAAGCUGAGAAAGAACUCCAUGAGAAGUUUGACCUUCUAAAAAGAACUCACCAGGAAGAGAGAAAGAAGCUGGACGACAAGAAGAAAGAGAUCGAAGAUGAAGUGAGCAUGUUUCAGAAGAAGAAGGCAGCCACACAGCUCCUGCAGUCCCAAGCUCAACAAGCUGGAUCUCAGCAAACCAAGAAAGACAAGGACAAGAAAAAUGCGAGCUUCACAUAAAGUCUGGCCAGCCAAGGAUGUUCCUGCAUUUCCCUGCUUUAUGCAGUAAUGUGUCCCUGCCAUUUUGUGUUACACGACACAGAUCACUAAUCACUCAUUAAAUGCAUCAUGUUUGGCUGCACGUGGGGGGAGGAAAAAAAAAACUGCGUGCACUCGGACUGUUUGUUGCUGGGAAGCGAAUGUUGCCAAGCCUGGCCUGCGACGAAUUGCAGCAACGUGGGCCUUUCACAUUGCUGAUAACUAUUUGCCUAACACUUGUCUAUUAUUUAUGGAUCAAAACUACAUUUGUUUUGUGUAAAGGGGUAUUCACGGUUAGCUGUCCAGCCGUUUGACUCUAGUUGGCAGUUGACAGCUGGAUAGCUACAAAUUGGUAUCCCUGGUUAAGAAUGACUAAAUCACUUGAGCAAAUGUAAUCGAUUCAGACAGCACCAUUUAAAGUGUACUCUCACUGUUGGUAACCCAAUGCCUUUAAUACAUGCUUAUAUCAUGCCUUUACUCCAUGCUUGUCCAGAAUAUUUAAGACUGACCAAAACUAAAUUUAGUCUUUGUGAAGCUGAAUUCAUGGUGCUGUUCAGAGAUAAUACCUUGCAGCUGCAAUUAUGCCUUAAUAAAAUUGUAUUCACGUUUAUUUCAAUUUUUAAGCUUUGCUCUUCAUGAAUUAGUCUGGAUAACUUUCCAUUACUAGGCCGUCACAGCCUUAAUUUUCUUCCCCUCAAUCCCUGAAAGGUUUUGGACAGAGGCCAGUGUGACCCAUUCCAACAAUAGUCAGACUUGUCUUUUGCUGAAACCCUUUGACAUUGGCCCAAUGGAAAAUGUUCCACACUGGUUAGAAGAGGCUGAAUCGAAAUAGACAACCAAAUACAAUUAUAAUGCUUUACUAUUUACUGCUGAUUAAUAUGCAGAAAGAAGGAAAAAUGCUGUUUAAUAAGCCCAUUUUCUUUGCUUUAUUUAAUAAAAUGUGCUGUUUUGGCAAGACCGUUUACAUAAUCAUUGUGCUAGGCAGGGUGUCAAGCACUGCUUUAAGUACUUUCUGGGCCAAUACUAGCCCAUUGAUGGCUAAUCAUGGCACUGCAGAUAUGGCUGACCAACACCUGCAAUAUCAAGGUUAGACAUCCCUGGACCAGUAUAAUGCAGUAGAUUCACACCGAUUUAAGGGCUAAUCAUGGUAGGAUGUUUUCAAUGUAAAGCACUAUGGGUUUUGGCAAGGCAACUGGCUUACAAAGCAACAAGGACCUUUUCUUUUAUUUGUAAGUGUGAACGUGUUUCAAUAAAUAUCUUUUUAGCAGUACUCACAUCUGUAUGUUACUACCAAGAGCAGGAAAUCCGUGCGGGUAUGUCAAAGAGCUUCCUGAUUCUCUCCCCCUUCCUCUCUCUCACCCUCUCUGUAUCCAUUGCCAUUCUCUUCAAAUGAACAUGUACGCUCUUGACAUGAACAUCCCAAGCGUGUUUAUUUUUUAAAAUGGCAUACGUGGUAAGAAAACUGACGUACUUGUAUUUUGUAUUCCUUUUUAUUUUUAUAUGCCUUUUCCUUCCCGGACAGCGCCUUGCCCUUUCUGAUACAUUCCAAGAAGUGGCGACCCAUGUUUACCUUUUGACUUCGGGAUUUCUUUCUCUCCUGAUGCUGUUUUGCCUGUUUCCCUUCUGCUUAUAGCUAGCUUCUUCUUUCUGUAAUCAUCCUGUUGACAGGUCUGCACCUUCCCCCAAACGGACAGGGAAAUGUCAGAAGAUCGGCAGUCUAACUGCACACCUGUAGGAAGAUCUGCCUCAACUCUUCUUCCAAUCUUCUUCCUUACUUUACCUUCAGUGAGUUAUAUGUUACUGUGUAUCGUAAGAGCACUAAAGAUGUGUGCUGACCAAACGGUUGUCAGAGUGAUGGCCCCCUACUAAGCAAUGAAGAUGUUUUAUGAUUGAUACAAAGCCACAACGAGGGGACAGUUUCUUAGUGCAUGUCCAAAGUUUCAUUUGGACCCACAUUUCUCAAUGAACUACACUGGGACCUAACAAGAGGAAGUUAACCGUAAAGGUCUUCUCAAUAUCUAUUUGGCAACUCUUAAUAUUUGAAGACUAAAAUUGAAGGGUUUAAAGGUGAUAAAUGCACUGUACCUGUAAAUGGCUCAUAGAAUAUGAAAUAUCUUUAUCUGAUGGAGUGUGUCCAUUGCUAAGGAACCCACAUUCAGGAGAAAAGUGGGACUUAAUAGGUGCAGUAACCCUUGCCCAUCGUUACAUCCUGGCCUAUCCUCUCUGUGCCAGUUACACGUUCAUUAUGAUUUGUUUUUUAAUAUUGUUUUUUCUUUUGUUUUAUUUGGUAAAUUUCAACAACUCCAAAUACUUCCUAUUCCUGUAAUUUAGCAUUCUUAUCUCAUGAAUACAUCUCAAGAGAGUAUAUUACACAUCCCAUCAUACUCUUUGCAGUAAUUUGGUUAAUACUGCUGUUAAACACAUGCAAAAAAAGUAUUACAAAAUUGCAAGAUCUUGACACUAAGGGUGCUCACAGGGUAGUUUUCGUUUUAUGAACCAUUACUUUGCAACUUGCAAUUUUCCAUUGGAAACUGAUUCUUAAAAGAGCAACAUAAAUACAUUGGCUGAUGCCUUAAUUUUUAAAUUUGAACUCAUACAUUUACACUAAGUUAGUAUUUUGAAAGAGCUACAGCUCUGCUUGUACGACAGGCAAAGUUUAUCCAGGAGAUUUAAUAAGUAGAGUUUGGCAUCAAUAUGCAGAUUAGUGAAUCUCUCAUGGACUACUGGGUAACUAAUUUUCAUAAUUAUAUUGAAAUAAAAUAUCAACAUUUGAAAAA